AAGCGGGAAAAGGGCUGAAGAAAGCCCUCAAGGGACACUGACUCAUUCGACUUGCAUUGCACCCAUCCUCGUGAUUGCAUUUAAAGAAGGGAAGAAAGCCAGAGAGAUCCAAGACCACGAGUCUCUUGUGUCUGCUCUAGCUCAGCCCCGAGGCAGCAGCUGAAAGAGUCUGGCCAGUCCCUCUUUAUCAUUUGAAAUAUAUCUUGGCCUGCGCUGAAACCGUUAAGGAGCUAAAGUUCAUCCCAGUUUAGCUUUGCAGGAAGGUUAAGCCAUUCUUGCCUUUCAAUUGUGGUUGAAUAUCCUCGGGUUAGUUUAUUAUCUACAUUAAACCUGGGAUUCUCUCUCUCUCUCUUUCUCUCUCUCUUUUUCCCCCCAGGUGCUGGAAAACUAUUCUGAUGGACCGAUGACCCCGAAACAGAUUCUUCAGGUUAUAGAAACCGAGGGCCUAAAGGAAAUGAGUGGCACAUCCCCACUGGCCUGCCUGAAUGCAAUGCUUCACUCCAAUUCAAGAAGCUGUGAUGGGCUUUUUUAUAAACUUCCUGGGCGGAUCAGCCUAUUUACUCUCAAGAAAGCGGCUGCCCAGUGGUCUCGGACCCUCGCUGGCCCUGAAGGGGAAGAGUUGGAUGAUGCAGAGAGCAGCGGUUCCAAUGAAGCUGCCAGCACUGUGAGCGGAGACAACGAUGUUUCUCUAGAUGAAACCUCUUCCAAUGCUUCCUGUUCCACGGAGUCCCAGAGCAAGACCUCGCUUGCUCUCCGAGAGAGCACCAGAACAGCGUCACAGGUGAGCAAACAGAAGAAAAAGACGGGCAUGAUGCUUCCACGCGUGGUCCUGACACCGCUGAAAGUAAAUGGGGCCCACAUGGAACCCUCCUCCGGUAAGUGGAAGUUCCUCUUCCCCCUUGAACUACACACCCAUGUGGCCCCUCCAGCCCCAGCCUCCGUUCGCUCACAAAUGUUCCCAGUUGCUGCUAUUACUGACUUGAUUUUAGCCCAAAAGCAACCUUAGGAGUGUUAAGAUGGGUGGACUUCAAUUCCCAGAAUUCCCUAGUCAGCACAGCUAUUCUGGCUGGGGAAUUCUGGGAAUUGAACUCCAGCAAACUUUACAUUCCUGAAGUUAAAAAUGAUCUGGAAGGUAUAAAUUGCGGCCCAUCUAUGUUUAU